AUGUCCGUUUCCCGUGGACAGAGGCCUGUUGUUAAAAGGAAGAGGACCGUCACUUCGUGCUCGCAAUGUCGCAAGAAGAAGGUCAAGUGCGAUAAGGGAAGACCACAGUGCGAUGUGUGUCUGAAGUCAGGUAAUGGCGACCUGUGUCAAUACCAGGAGCCGUCGUGGGAACAAGAGACGACGCUGUUCAGCACGAACUAUACCACGGCUGCAUCUGUCCCAAUGGCACAUAUCCAGUUGAAGUCUUACAGUAAGAAGCAGCAAUCAGAUUCCAAUGCCAAUGUAGGCCCUUCAACAAGCUCGCAGGUGUUUAAGUUCCCGGUGGCAUCGUCUGGUUCUUCUGAACAAGCGCAGAAUCAUCAACUGAAGCAAGAAGCACAGCAACGGAACCAGCAGGCACAGCUACGGGACGAAGAAGCACAGCUACGGGACCAGCAGGCACAGUAUCGUCGCCAGGUACAAUUACCGCCAAGCACAAAUGUGCUAUUCCGAGGUCAAACCACACAGGGAGGCCGUCUAGAGCUUCCACCUCUGGAUCAGCAUCGGACAUCGAUGUAUCGAUUGAACCAGCCAAUACAGGUUGUGCCACAUAGUGCAAUCCCAUUACCUCGUCAUGUCGAAUACGCAGAAUCUAAUCUACGCACAAGGGACACAGUUUCUGUUCACACAGUCGUGUCUAACACGUGUGAUGUGGAUAAUCAUAGCAGGCUACCGUUACCCAGACAACAAUCGAACGAUGAGCUGACGAUAACUUUCUUCGAAUUGGAUGAGCCCAUACAUAUGAGGGCUGGACGGCUGGUUGCAGUAGGGCCUUUAUCCCUUGGUGCUGUAAUUAGAAGUGAUCCCUAUGUGAGGAUGACCCUUCUGAAAGCUAGAAGAGAAAGAAACGAGAAUCAGGGUCCAACAGCGAAUCGAUUAGAUAAGAAGGAACUGGUUAAACAGAUCUUGCUGGAUAAAGGCAAUAAGAACCCUACGGUGGAAGAGGCUUUCCAAACCAGACUGCUAGAAAAUGAGACAUUGGACGAGGUGAAAGGUGCCACACAGAGAGUUGAUACACAGCUGUUUGGAACAACUCGUGCUGAUUAUGAAGCUGAUACAAUCGAUAGAAUCGAAAAGGCAUUGCCCACACAAAGGCUGAUGUGGCUUCUAGUCGAUAAGUUCUUCAAGGGGUCUAUUUCUGUUUUUAUGCCAUUUUUGACCGAAGUGUUCUUCAGAGAAAGAAUACAAGAACUACUGGGUGCACGUUCUGAUGAGUGUGUUAGGUUUCCAAAGAUAAAGAUCACUAGAAGGUUCGAUUUUGCCUAUGUUGGUAUGCUCUUCCUCAUCAUGAGGUUGACAUUUCUCGGUAUAAGUAAGACGGACCACAACACUGAAGAGGAACAGUACAUAUUAGACAAUCCUAUUGGACCACAUGCCACCAAUAUCGCACAGAUGUGUCUUAAUCAGUUCAGAUUGUUGAGACGUGGUGCCAUUCCUGUUAUCCAAUGCUCUCUCCUAAUGCGUAUGUACCAUAAGUACGCUCCUGAAGAAGGUGAUGGUAGUGUUGGUGGUGACUCUGAGGUGUUUCUCGGUAUGCUGUUACAAAUGGCAAAUUCCAUUGGUAUGAACAGAGACCUUUCACAGUCACCUCAGUUGGCGAAAUUCCACAAGCUGAAGAAUAUUUGGAGGUUCAUAUGGCAUGAGAUUGUAUCCUUGGACUUGGAUCAAGCAUUGAUGAAAGGAAAUCCCCUGCUCGUUGAUGAAAAUAGCUUUGAUACAAUGUUACCGAGCCUGAAGCAUGAAGAGUCAAACUUUCAAGAUUAUCAACUGUUGGAGUGUGCUGUGAAUAACUUCCAAAUCACCGAUGAGAUCAAUCAAAUGGUUAGGAAUUUCCUGAGGGAUAUCUUGAACAUUAAACGUCCAGUGAGAGUGUCUGAGCUCUUGUUGAAGACAUCUAAAUUGGAGAUUUAUCUUGAUACGAACUUCCAAUCUUUAGAGGCAGUCUUGAAUUUACCCAUUGGCUCAGUAAGCCAAUCUACGGUUAAGAUCCACAAGUUUAAACAUUAUGUUGAACUGAAGACCUCUCUAUACAUGAUUUAUUUCCAAAUAUUUUGCAAAUCCCCAACAGUGAACUAUCCUCUUCUACAUAAGAUGUUCAGCAUCUGUCUUGAAAUGGUUCCUUUGUCAUACAUGCUAUUGACAAUUAACAAUGGCAGAACCAAUUACUUUGAAGAAAUCUUUGGACCCAAUGCACAGUUGAUUCUGGUUCCAAGCAUCUUUGCUCCGUUGCACAAGCUCUCAAAUUUACUGGUUGCGUUCAUUCUGAGGGCACUGGACAGUAAGUACAACCAUCCACCCUCUGAGAAAGCGCAGAUCAUUUCUGGAAUAUUGGAAAAGCUAAUGGACCACUACUCAUUAGUUCGUGAUGGGUUUGCAUCUUUGAGUUCUUUCUACUACCAUGCUUGGCGCAACUGUAAGAACUUUGAUUUCCUUUAUGACCUCUUGAAGGACGAUUCUAACAGUAUCAUGGAUAAAAAUGCGCCUGUUAAUAGAGACACGGCUACGCUCCCUGAUGAAAUCAACCAUUUCAAGAUCUUUCCCAAGAGGAAUGAGCUGUACGAGAUGACGCAAUGGCAAUUGACCCAGCUAUCGGAACUUAUCACGUCCAAGGGAUUCGAAGAUCCGAUUUUGAAGAAGUUGAACACCAGUUCCAAGUACAAGACCCGUGGUAGCGGUGGUAUCCGUGUUAAGGCUGCAAAGGAAUCGUUGCACAAACGUCAGCAACUCGUCCCAGACAGUGGUGGUACACCUGACGAGAUCCAAAAGCAGCCUGCUGAUGGAAUGACAACGUUACCACUGGCACAAGAUUCCUCCAAUGGGAUGCAUUCGCAUACGCAGAUGAGUUUAACUGAUUCCAGCUCAACUCCUACAACGACAUCUGCAUCCGCAUGCUCCAAUUCACCGUCCCAAAGGUUCCACGUUAACCCCAAUGUCAUGACCAACGCGGAAAUCGACAUGCUUUGGUUACAAAUGAUGGCGACGAACACCGACGGUGACGAACAAGUAGCUGCUGUCAUGAAUGACGUGCCGGAUGUUCCAACAGCCGAGGCGUGCGAUAUCCCACUGCAAUUUGACCUCCCGUACGACAUCUUUGGCGACAUCUCGUCCUACUACGAGAGCAUCUGA